AUGCAGGGUUUCAACUACCACGCCUACAUACCAGAAUACGAUACCCACAUUUACCCAACGGGAACUUCGGGUGGUGUAGGCAUUGGAAUUGGCCCAAACACUCUCUCCGAUUACGACUUGGCUGACUUCACCCGCGCGAAGUGGGAUACCUGCCCCGAGGCAUCAGAUGCGUUUCCUUACAGUAUUUUAUAA